AUGUUUACAACUCCAGAACUUUAUCUUGAUCAUCCCUUUAAUAUCAACCGUUAUUAAAAUAUAUUCUUCAAAUACCAUCCGAAUGUAAUCAUUGGCGAAGGUUUCAAAAGAACCUACUCAUACGAAUCCUUAAUCACAGAACAACAAUUGUUGAAAAAAAGAAAUGAAUAUUGGGAGACUUAAAUUAUUGGAGACCAGGAAGUGUGGAUAAAACUGAAACAAAUUUUAGAUAUGGAUGAAGAGAGUGCAAAGAGACAUUUAGAGGAUGCUAACUUAACCCUGGUAGAAAAUAGCAUUUAGAUGGUCUAUGAUGAGCGUGGCAAUCGAUAUUAGAUCCCAAUCUUUGCCAUUAACUUACCUGUAUCAUACAGCGAUUCUGGAAUAAUUACACUGAAUAAUGAUUUUGAGGCAAAGGAUGUUACAUUUAAAAUUAGGAGUGUUAGAUGGGAUCAGGAUCAGGUUGCGACCUAUAAUACAAAAGAUAGUGUUGAAUUCUUGAUUUAGGAAUUGAAAGUUAAAGAGAAUGUGGAAAACGUGAGAUUAUUCAUACAAGGGAAAGAGAUGACUCAGUAAUUUGGAAAUUACGAUAUCACUGAGGAGUCGAUAGUACAAGCCUUCCUAUUUUGA